AUGGCGUGUUAUUAUAUUGUCAUCAGCUCCACGCAUCUCAGCAAUGGACACUUUCGAAACAUCAAGGGAGUUUUCCGAGGUCCCCUCUGCAAGAAUGGCAGCAAAAACUUGGAUUAUGCUGAGAAGGAAAAAACCUUGGCCAAAGCCCUGGAGGACCUCAAGGCCAACUUCUACUGUGAGCUGUGUGACAAACAGUAUUACAAGCAUCAAGAGUUUGACAACCACAUCAACUCGUAUGACCACGCUCACAAGCAGAGACUGAAGGAACUGAAGCAGAGAGAGUUUGCCCGCAAUGUGGCCUCCAAAUCCAGGAAGAACGAGAGGAAACAGGAGAGAGCUCUCAGACGCCUACAUGAGCUUGCUGAACAACGCAGAGAAGUGCAAUGUGCCCCAGGAAGUGGUCCUAUGUUUAAGUCUACCACAGUGGCAGUGGAAGGUUCUUUCAGGGAGUCCUACUGUGAUGAUGAUGCCCAAGAAGAGAACCAAAACUGCAUGGCUCAAGAUUCGGGGGGUCAGAUCCAUUCCAGCAGUUGUGGCAUAGCUAGUAAACAGUCACCCUGGUCAUACAAUGGGAGGGCCAAAAAGCAAACUUUUAGACGCAAAAUUGCAUUCUCUUUUUCCUUUCCAAAGAAAGCAACUGUUAAGCUUGAGUCAUCAGCAGCGGUUUUCUGUGAGAGCACGGAGGAGGGGUCGAUGGAGCGAAGCCGCAGACAAAGACUCAGAACACCCCCUGUUGAGCUUGACCUCCCUGGGUCCCCCAUGGAGGAAAAAGUACUAAAAUGCGAGGAGGCAAUUUACAGCACUGGCACACAGCAGAGCGAGCAUUUCCAAAAAAGUGACAGCACCGAAAUUCAGGGGUCAUCAGAUAUCCCUGUGGCAGGGGAAAGCCCUUCGUCAACGGCAACAGAUUUGUGUGCUUUGCUUGUUUACUCAGAGAAUGUUCCUAGUCCUGCCAUGUCCCCGUUAAACACUUCCCCUUUUUGUUUGAACAGAGCUGAUAUUGUUCUUGAAUCUGAAGACUCUGUUGAGAGCUUAAAAAGCAGCAGUGCUGAAAGUAAAUCUGAGACCUCUGAGGAUGUGACAGAAGAGGGUAGUGGUGUUACAGAGGAGGGGUGCUUGGCCAUCAGUGAGCCUCCCGAAAAGAUUUUCUCAGAUGAGCCACCUAAGAAUGAUUCUUCUCAAAGAGAAGAGAAAGUUGAGGAAGCACCUGCAAAGUCACCUUAUGCUUUCACAAAACCCAGCCAGCCUUUUUUCUCUGUUUUAAGCAGAGACGGAAACACCAUCUUCCAGUGGCCCUCUGAGAUGGUGUCCUUCACAAGGACAGAGCCAUCCCUGUCUUUUAGUUGCAACCCCCUCCAUUUUGACUUCAAGAGGACACGGAUUAGAAGGUCUGCCGACACCCAGGAGAUGACUGAGCCCAAAACUGAUGAGGAAUUAUCUGUCUGCUCAGGUUUCAAAUCCUGCCACUCUGACAAGCACAUCGAGGAAUCUACAGCCACCCCCAGAAACAGUCCCAGCCAAGGAGCAGAAGGCAAGGUCAGAAAGUGUUAUCAGUAUUCAAGUGACACAGAGAGUUGUGUCAGGUUGAAAACACAUGACAAGUGUAGACAUUCCAAAGAUUGGAUUCAUGCAAGCAAGAGAGUGGAAGAGAAAUUGCGGAAAAGGGAUCAACGUCAUUACAGGAGCCAUGCUAAAAGAAAACGCAGAAGGCGGAAAAGGAGGAGAGACAGACACUGGGAGACAGAGAGCAGUAUGGUGAAAUCUAAGAAAUUCCUCAGACGACCUGAGUGUGUGAAAGGACUUGAUAGCCAAUUUAGAGGCACCACUUCACAGCAAGUGCAUCCAUUAGAGAAGUCAAAGCAAUCAGCUCAAAAUCAGGCUGAGGAUAGCAGCACAGCUACCGUAGUUGAGGAAGGGGUGGGAAGCAGAAGGCAGGAGGCAGCAGCCAACGUAAACUGCUCAGCGGGCUGCAUCAUUCUCUCUGAUGAGUUCUGUGCCGAUGGUGAAAAGGUGCUUGGGAACAGCAGGGAAAAGCCUGACAAUCCAACUGCAGGGGAGCUUACGUCUAUAGAACAGUAUCCCCGUAACCGAGACACAUCUCACUUUCAUGAAUCCGGUUCAGCCGAAGGGGGGCAAGAGGAGAAUCCUAACCCACUAGUGACUAACAGAGAUGGGGCAUGUGAAGGGCAGAGUUUGAAAAGACCGUGUUCAGAAUCUCUAAGAGACAGACAUGAGUUUUGUGACUCCUGUCAGUCACUGACAGAUUUUUCUGAUAAAUGCACAGAACCUACCUGUUGUGAGCAUGGGACAAGCAGGAAAAGACAAAGGCGGACACAGGAUCAAGACCAAACCCCAUGCCUUGCAAUUGAAUGUCCCGUUGUUCACAACUCUGUUUUGGAAGAACAGGACAAGGCCACAGUUGAGUCGAGCAUGAAAUGCCUUGUUUUAAAAGGCACGUGUGACAGCUCAAACAGGUCAGACCUAAACUCAUGCAGUAUUGAUGAUGGAGAGAGCUGCACGGCUGAUCCUCAGACAUUUAGUUCCAUUAGCAGUGCCCUGGGUCACACUGUGGUGGAGAGCAGCGACGGGCAGCAGAGCUCCUCCUCUCAGAUCAAUGCUUCAUGCACCAAGGGCAGUUCAAAUCUCCUAGAGACAGAUUCAAAGCUCUUGGCGGAGCCAACAAAAGAGAAUAGUGAGUCAAAAGCAGCACAAGCCCCCUUAAAGAACUGUAACAAGUAUUCAGCGGCUGCUCAGGCCUGCCUGCUGGAUGUGAGAGAGUUAGCCCUGCAGAGGACUGAAAAAGCCACCCAAGACAAAUCAUGUCAGCAUAGCCUUCAACCCCCACCGCAGAGAUUUCACCUAGGCAUUCAGGCUGAGGAGAAGUUGAGCAGAGAGUGCUUCCACACCACCGGCAGCCUGUUCCAACACUCUCCAUCAUUCACAGCCCCCUCAGACAGCAUGGAGAGACACUGUCUCCUGCAGAUACAGAGCCACGGACAGGUGCUACACCAGCAGGUUUUCCCCACCAAGCUCAAAUCUGUCCUUCACAGGCCACAUCUGCCCAUGUCAUCUGCUGUCCUCCAUCCAGUUCACCUGUCACCCUCUGUGCCUUCCGGCUCUAUAACAAUACGUCACACCAUACUACAGCACCAUGCUGCUUUCCUGCCCCCACAGCCACCCAUUUACCCCCAGGUAGUGCCUGUUUCUCGACUUUCACUAGGAGCUGAGAUCUGUCCACCCACCGCUUCUCCUUUUGUGGCCUCUCCACAGGUACCCGUGGUGGCGCCCCCUAAUAUUCAUCCAAUGACUGUAACCUUUCAUGCCCUGCCACGACCUGCCAUGUUUUCGCCUAUGUUGACCCCUCAUCCUGCUGUCAUCCCCCUGCAGUCUCUGUUCUAG